AGGUUGCAAAAUUUGAAGCAACCGCUGAAGAAGCCGCUGAAGAAGCCAUUGAAGAAGCUACCAAAGAAGUCAUUAAAAAAGCUAUCGAAGAAGCUAUUGAAGAAGCUACUAAAGAAAUUGAAGAAGUCACCAAAGAAGUUAUUGAAGAAAUCGUAAAUUUUGAAGAAGCAGCUGAAGAAGCUGCAAAUUUUGAAGCAGUGGCAAAAUUUAAAGAGAUAGCUGAAGAAGAUGUAUACAUAUUACAUUAA